AUUCAAUCCAUUUUCAUUUGUGUUUCCUUCACGGAUGUGUACAAUUUGCGUCAGAUUUAAUGGAAAAUUUUAUUAAAAGUUUUGCAUAAAUGAUAGUGGUGAGUCAAGUGCAAGUUUCUACACAAGUUUGUCAAGAUGUCGUCCUUCAUAAACCACAGGAAUGAUAGUACAUUGAGGAUAGACGAAGCGACUACGAAAGACAAUGUUACGUAUUACAAAAUUCAAAUUAAAGUGGGCCCUGUGAACUGGAGCGUUUUGCAUCGGUACAGUGACUUCGUGGAACUCCAUGACAAGCUUGUGUUCGACCAUGGGGUGUCCAAAGAGUGGCUUCCACCGAAGAAAGUAAUACGCAACAAAACACCGAAAUUCAUCGAACAAAGACGGGAAGCCUUAAACGAAUACCUUAACAAUGUCUUUAAUUAUUUAAGACUGACGAUGCCGUAUGAAUUUGCUCACUUUUUAGACUUUCAUUUGUAUGAUAUAUUUUUCUUGCUGCAAGAUUUGGCUAAGAAACUGUAUUUGGAAGGAGAUGUGCUGUUGCAAGAUGAGAUGUCGUUUAAACUGACUCCAUUGGAGUUACAUGCUAUAAGCGAAAGACUUAAAAUGGCCUGCCCGCCCACCGAGAAAGUGGAUCAAAUGUACGACUUCAGUCAUGUACUGGACUACUGUUCACAGCUUCGUUCGCUCACCAUAGAAGGAAACUAUGACAAACUGGGCACUAGUAACGUGAUACCCAAUGAUUUGCGCUUUGAUUUAGUGCCUUUCAAGUCUCUGGUAGACUUAAAAAUUAUCGGAGUGCCUAUGCCGUGUAUACAAAGUGUUGGCACUCUCCGUGAUACGCUAGUGAGUUUAACAGUGAUGAUAGCCAGUGUUGUAUCGCUCAACGAGUUUCUAUUAGUGGAUAUUUUACACAAGGACCCAUCAAGCAUAGCAGAUACAGUGAAAUGGAACAAACUAUCGGUCAUAGACUUCGGCAGCAAUAACAUAGAGCAAGUCGAUUGGGCUAUCAAGUUGGUGCCUAAACUACAACAUCUGAGUCUCUCCUCCAACCGACUUAAAGAACUAUGUGACAUAUCCUGCCUACACGACCUUCGGAUACUCAACUUGUCUAUGAACAAUUAUUCUUUGUGCGAAAACUGGCACGCGAAAAUCGGGAACAUUGUCAAAAUUGACCUAUCCCAGAACAAAGUGACAACCCUGCAAGGAUUUUCCAGGUUAUACUCAUUGGAAAGUUUAGAUUUAAGCUGCAACAUGAUCACAGAUGUUGAAGAAGUCCAGCAUAUUUGCAAACUCCCUUGUUUGGAGUAUCUAUGGUUGACCGCCAACCCUGUGGCGUCUUCCAUAGAUUAUAGAGUGAAGGUCAUAGAGCAGUUUAAUGCGCGGAUGUCAGAACUAUGCCUGGACAAUGAGAGGCCUUCAGAAAAGGAAUUGGACACCGCUAGAGUAUUACAAGCGUUGAGGGUAGUCAAAGAAGGAAAGACGCCGACAUUUUUACAGAACAAUAAUACCAGCCAUAGCUUUAACAAAAGUUGACGAUAAUUGUAAACAAACUGACUAUAUUAAAGUUACUACUACAUAUAUUUGAAGUAAAUGUAAAUUCAAUAUUUAUUUUGUAUAUUGCCUUGACCACUAUAUUAAUGUUUCCUAUGAAUGUCAUAUUGUUUUUUGGAUUCACCAGCUGAGCUGAAAUAACUAAAUUUUGUAAUAUAAUUUUAUUUAAUUAUGACUAAUAGCACUUCUCAGUGUAAUAAUCCUAAAGUGCCCAGUGAAAUAAAAUUUUAAAGACUAGAAAUAAUAAUAAUAAUAGCUCUGCUUUUUAAUGUGUAUUCAUAUUACUACCAUAGGCCCAUGCCCGGAUUCUCUCGCGGUCGCCCGUUGCCGCCCGCAAUAAGGAUGGGGUAGCUUGGGAUCAUUGUACGAAAUUAUAUCUGCUCGGGUACCGGACUUUAGUAGUAUGAAUAUACCUUUAUCGCUUUAUUUUUUCUUCUGUAGCAACACUGCAAUAUUAUAACACCUUGUGAUAUUGGAAAAG